AUGGCUAAGUGGGACAAGAUUCUGUCUCUUCCUGUCCAGAAUCCUCCAGCUUUGGAAUUUUCUUCCAAAGAUCUGGUGUGGUCGAAUGUGGAAGGUUGCGGUGACAAAAUAGAUAGAAUUUCUCGCAUACCAUUUGGCAGAGUGGAUGACUUUGUUCGUGGUGAAUCUGCCAAUGAAGAUUGUCCAACUAGAUUUCAUGUUGAGGCCAGGAGAAUCAAUCGUUCUGAGUUGAACCGGAAGCAUAAAGUUGAUGCAACACUUGAAUAUAUUUUGUAUUGGUGUUCUUUUGGUCCUGAUGAUCAUAGGAAAGGAGGAUUUGUUCGGCCUAGUAGGACUACAUACGUUCCAAAGAAGAAUUCUGCCGGUAGACCAAACACGAAAAGAGGCUGCAGGUGCCACUUCAUUGUCAAGUGUUUAUUUGCAGAGCCUUCUGUAGCACUAAUUAUUUACAACCACAAUGAGCAUAUAGAUACGAAAGGAUUAUAUUGUCAUGGUCCGCAAGAUGAAAAUGCUGCUGGAACUCGAGCAAUGUAUGCUCCAUACAUCUCUGAGGAUCUCCGUCUUCGUGUCUUAUCACUCUUGUAUGUUGGUGUUUCUGUAGAAACCAUUAUGGAAAGACAUAAGGAGUCAGUGGAGAGACAGGGAGGUCCAUGUAACGGUGAUGCCUUCUUGAAUCAAAGAUAUGUUCGCAAACAAGAGAGGAGCAUCAGAGUGGGACGAUUUUCACUUGAACUGGACAGUGAUGAUGCUAGGAGUGUUAACAAGUGGGUCGAAAGUCAUCAGAGUUGGGUUUUCUUUUAUGAGGACUUCUCUGAUUCGGAGCCUUUCACUUUGGGUAUUCAAACCGAGUGGCAGCUACAACAAAUGAUUAGAUUUGGUAACCGCAGACUCUUGGCUUCGGAUUCAAGGUUUGGGACAAAAAAAUUGAAGUAUCCUGUUCACAGUCUUGUUGUGUUCAACUCUGACAACAAGGCUAUUCCAGUAGCAUGGAUAAUAACGCCUAAGUUUGCAAGUGGAGAUGCAUAUAGAUGGAUGAGGGCCCUUUACAACAGAGUUUGCACAAAAGAUCCUUCAUGGAAGAUAGCUGGUUUUGUUGUGGAUGACCCUUCAACCGACAUUCUUUCUAUCAAGGAGGUUUUUCAGUGCUCCAUAUUGAUAUGCUUUUGGCGAGUUCGCCAUGCAUGGCACAAAAACUUGAGGAGUAGAUGUUCCGAUGUAGAUUACUGUGCUGAAAUAUCAAAAAAGCUUGGUGAGUCUGUCUCCGAAAUCUGCAAAGGACAUGGAAAUGCAGAUAUUUUGCAGGCUGGGUUAGAAGAUUUCAUUGAUGCUGCAGAUUUUGUUGACUACUUCAAGGCAGUUUGGUAUCCAAGAUUAGGUUUGUGGGUUAAUGCAUUGAAAAGUCACCCCGUGGCAAGCCAUGAAACCUCUUCUGCAAUGGAAUCCUAUCACAACCUCUUGAGGUUAAGGUUGGUUAAUGAGAAAGACAAUAGUGUGUAUGAGCGUGUUGACUGGUUGGUGCAUAAGCUGGGUACAAAAGUGCAUUCUUACUUCUGGUUGGAUGAAUAUUCAGGAAAAGGAGAUUUUGCACGAUACAGGAAGGAUGAGUGGUGCAGUGGUGUAACCGUUUGGCGAAAGUCAGUGAAGAUCCCAGAUGCUGACAUUACCAUGGAGGAUAGUAUUGCUAGAGUCGUGGAUCAGGAAGGUCGAAGUUCUAUUCAUAUUGUACAAAACCCUGGUUCAGAAUUUGCACUCUGUGAUUGUGAUUGGGCAAAUGCGGGAAACUUGUGUGAACAUGUUAUCAAAACCAUCAAAGUUUACCGUGAUAGGAAACAUGUCGCCCAUCUCUUAGCAUGCUGCAGUAUCAACAGGCUUUGAUGAAGAUACUACAGUGCCCACAGUAUGACUCUUUGGCACGUGAUUACGCUUCUUCUUUAGCAGUCUGGCUACAGAUGCAGUUGGACGCCCAAAUCGGUCAACCUAGCAGUUCACACUUAUCAAAUUCUGCAACGGAAGAAGUCUCUAAUCAGUCUACAGCAAAUCAAAGAUAGCAUUGCAGUGUAUGAAAAUCCAAUUCGGAAUGAAACAGGACUGAUGAACCAAGUACUGCAUUGAAAAUGAUACACGUGAUGAUGGGCAUGGGAUGGAAGUUUCUCGUGCUGAGAUGGAAAAUCGAUAAAUAAUCUUAACCAAUUGUUGUGCCUUGUGUAUUCUUUUGUUUAGAGUGGAAAUCACAAAUAUAUAUCUCUCAACCAGCCAAGCUGCCCUCUUGAAGUUUGAAAUUUUCCAGAUUAGAGAGGAGGUAUGGAGUGAUCACCUGUUCAAAUCACAUCAACAAAGAAUCUGCAGAAUGGAAC